AUGUCUUCAUCGCCGUCGGGACGAGCCUCAAAUUUCGUGGCCGGCAAAACCAUUCUCGUGAGUGGUGGUGGCAUAGCUGGACUAACGUUCGCCAUUGCGAUAGCCCAAUUCUUCCCAGAAGAAUCUUCAGUAUCGACAAAACCCCAGAUCGUCAUAUACGAGCGAGACAGCUAUGAGGUCCGCACCGGACGUGAAGGGUAUACUCUAUCCUUGAGAACAGACAACGACCCUGGUGCCAUUCAGGUCUUGGAUUCUCUUGGGCUGUAUGAGCUUGUCAGGCGUGUGAGUGUCAACGGUGAAGGGCCCCCGGAAGCGAAAGGCUCUUUCAACCUCUGGAACCCUCAGUUUCGCCCCUUCUUGCGCUUUACGGCACAACCAGUCGGACCCAAAAAGCUGCUUGGCAUGAGAAUUCGCCGCAAUGCUCUGCAGAAAGUUCUCGUCGACGCCGCCCUGGAAUCGGGAGCUCAAAUCCACUGGGACACGGCAGUAGUAGGGGCAGAGCUGACGGAUGACGGGCGGAUGAGACUAACCCUCAGCACUGGCUUGACGGUUCUCGGUGACAUUCUACUGGCGGCUGACGGAUCUCGAAGCAAGUUGCGCUCGUUAUUGAGACCAAACGAUGGCCUCAAUUACGCCGGCGUUUUUGUCCGGACAGGUGUCGCCAAGUUUGCCAGUCAGGACGAUGUUCCAAAGCCCCUGGAUCGUGACUGGGGUGGGGUGUUGGGUGCAAAUGGAGUCGGGCUUUUUGUCUCUCCAGUGGACGAGAAAUCCGUGCUCUGGGCCUUCAGUCGUCGCGAUCCCGCGAUGCAGGAGUCACUGCGAUACCCUAUCCCUCAAAAGCGCCUCGACGAAUUGCUGAAAGAAUCAAUGGAUCAGGCGGCACACUUUGCUCCUCUGGUGAAGAAGCUCGUUUCGGCGACGGAUCCAAGCACGAUCAUGCAGUUCAAUGCAAUGGAUCGACCCCCGUUCCCACAUCAGUCCCUGGAGCAUGCGCCCGUGGUAUGGAUCGGAGAUGCAAACCAUGCAGUUAGUCCUUUUGCAGGCAACGGUGCCAAUAUGGCAAUAAUGGAUGCAUGGGACCUUGCUAGGACACUCAAGGAUGCCCCAACCCUUACAGAAGCCAUCCGGGCUUAUGACAAGGUGGCUGUUCCUCGAGCCAACAAGGUUUUGAAGGCCUCACAUUGGGCCAUUGACGCCUUGCAUGCCACAGGAGUCAAGUUGCUCCUUUACAAGAUAGCUCUCCAGGUGGUGGGGUUCUUAACGUGGAUCGCCGGUGGACGUGAUUGA